AUGAGCAGACAAGCCGAGCUGGCCUCCACGAACUCAGGCUCAGACAAGAGCGCCAUCUUUCAUAAAGUGAAAAACUUUCUUCGAAAAGACAAAGCCCAGACUCCCAAUGACGACAGUUUAUCUGGUUGGCCCCACCAUGGCAGACCCUGCAGUUCGAUAUCCAUAUUCAAACAACGAACGAAACGGAUUCUCAACCCUAGAAUCAUCUUCUCCGGUGCAUUUGCCGCAUCGGCAAUCAUUAUUUCCAAUACCCAAAGCCCGGCGCUUGUAAUAUUCAUAUGGAACCUCCUUGCUAUUGUGCCGCUGUCGAUCACGCUCACAGAAGCCACUGAGAGGAUCUCCAAGGAUUUGGGUGAGACCGCUGGCGCUCUCCUCAACAUCACCAUAGGGAAUCUAGCAGAGCUUAUUAUUUUCGUCACUGCUUUGUUGAAAAACAACAUUAAAGUAGUUCAAUCGUCACUCCUUGGCUCGAUCCUUGUGAACCUCCUGCUCGUCCUUGGGUCUGCAAUCAUAGCAGGCUGUAUCUCGAAGAGUGAUGUAACGUAUAAUACUGAUCUCACACACUCAUUUGUGGGACUUCUCAAUCUCACCAUCUCUUGCCUUAUGAUUCCAACCGCUUUCUAUGGCAGCGUGAAGAGCGUUACUUCUGCUGAUCAUAUGUCAUUAUCCUUCAGCAGGGGGGUUUCCAUCAUCCUCCUUGCCACAUACUUCUUAUACCUUUUCUUCCAGUUUAAAUCGCAUGCUCACUUGUUCCUCUCUACGCGGCUCCAAGUGCCACAAUCAACCGAUGAUCAUGACUAUACAGACCUCGAAUCCCAUCCCACCGAGCUCGCAAGAGCAACAAGCAGAGACCUUGCCCAUCUAGAGAUGCAGGAAGUGCGAUCACGGUCUUGUUCAGUCGACGCGCAGACAGCAUCAGCAAUGCCACUGUUUCACAACGAGCCAUCCCAAGGAAGAACAAGCCUCAACGGACAAACGGAACCACCUAUCGGAGACUCUCUCGGAUGUUCCUGCGAACGCUAUGCUAUUCUAUCCAACCGAAUGAUAUCCGUAACACUCCUCGCCCUAUCAACAAUUCUCAUCGCUAUCUGCGCCGAAUUCUUCGCCUCAAGCUUCUCAACACUCAAUGAACAGGGCGUCCUCGGUGAAUCAUUCGUCGGUUUAAUCGUCAUCCCCAUCGCCGGAAAUGUUGCCGAGAAUGUUACAGCGAUUGUUGUGGCCUCCAAAAACCAAAUGGAUCUUGCUAUCAGUGUUGCUCUUGGGUCAGCCAUUCAAAUUGGUCUUUUGGUUUCACCAGCAAUGGUUGUUAUUGGCUGGGCUCUCGACAAGCCCAUGACCUUGCACUUUGACAAGUUCGAGAUGGUCACAUUGAUUGGUGCUGUUCUUAUGGUCGAUUUCAUCGUCCUCAAAGGAAAGACCAAUUAUAUGGAGGGGGCUAUUUUAUGUGCUUGCUUUGCAGCUAUCUCUGUUGGCGCAUUCUUGUUGCCACUCGCUUGA